CGACCUCGAGGCCGUAUGCCCAUGUCACUGCUCCUGCCUGCACACCAUUCCUGGGAAGCUCCGGGUGACUCUCCUAUGUUUCCCGGGCACAAGCUGCACCCCGACUCUGGCGGACGGACGCGCAGCGGUUUCGGCUGCUCGCUCUCUCCACCCGAGCCCCCUGGCUCCUCCAGGGCCACGGCGCGGCUGCCCGAGGUCGCUCCCACGGACGGGAACUAGCCGCUCCGCUCCAUCCCGGCCCCGCUCUUCCUCGCCGUCGCACAACGCCCCGCUCCUUUCCGCUCCAGCCCCGCCUUUCCUUUCCGCGCUCCCAUGGCCGGGGCGCCGGCGGCCCCGGUCACGCAGCAGGUCGGGCGGGCGCGGGGCUGCGGGCGGCGGCCGGAGCAGGAGCAGCUGCGGGAGGCCGCCCGCUGCUUGGUGCUGGACGCGGACGGGAGGGGUGUCCCCUUCCAGGCCCUGUACGCGGAGCGGAAAGCCAUCGUGCUGUUCGUGCGGAAUUUUUUGUGUUACACCUGUAAGGAGUACGUAGAAGAUCUGGCAAAAGUCCCCAAGGCAUUUUUACAAGAAUCGAAUGUGAGGCUUAUAGUUAUUGGACAGUCAUCAUAUCAUCACAUCAAGCCCUUUUGCAGUUUAACUGGGUAUACACAUGAAAUGUAUGUAGAUCCACAAAGGGAAAUUUAUAAAAUACUUGGCAUGAAAAGAGGUGAAGGCAAUAAAGUAUCAGUUCGGAGCCCUCAUGUCAAAUCAAACAUAUUUCUGGGAAGCAUUAGGAGUGUAUGGAGAGCAAUGACUGGCCCAGCUUUUGAUUUUCAAGGAGACCCUGCUCAGCAGGGAGGAGCUCUGAUUAUAGGCCCAGGCAAUGAAGUUCAUUUUUUGCACCUCGAUAGAAACAGGCUGGAUCAUGUUCCCAUUAAUACAAUUUUGCACCUGGCAGGAGUUAAAACAGUGAAUUUCUCAAACAAACCCCAGAUUAUUGACAUAUGACACUCAUGUAAUAUAUACUUUUUUUGAAAUUUCUGCUCUACAAGAACAGUUCUCUAGUGCACUCCAACAAGCAUUGGUUCUGUUGUGUCUUUGUGGGACAUCUGAAACCUUACAUAGAAAAUUGGGGCAUAGAAUAAGCUACCUGGCAUUAGAGAUGGAUACAAAAGUGCUAUAUCCAUUGAGUACAAGACAAUAAAAACUAAAACACAACUGAGACUGAUUGCAAAAAAUCCUGGAUAAUCAAACAAUCUUGCUAAUACAUUUUAAAAAUCAUUGUUUGAGGUGCACUAAAGUAAGAAAUCAGAUUAUGCUCAGGAAGAAUUUGGGAUUCUAGCCUUCAGCAGACCACAGAACACUGGCUUUCAAUCCAAGACUUCUCAGCACUGUUUUAAAGCUUCCAGCACUAUAUGACAGUUUUGUAUUGAAAUACACCUUGAAAAGUCACAAUUUUGAACAUGUGGACUUCAGGUUAUGCCUACUUUUGCAUCUGGAACUGGCAGAAGUUAUGAAAUACAUUUCACAAUUUCAAAUAAAUAUUUUAAAUACAUCA